GUCCCGAGUCGGGCUCUCUGCUCAGCGGGGAGCCUGCUUCCUCCGCUCUCUCUCUGCCUGCCUCUCUGCCUGCUUGUGAUCUCUCUCUGUCAAAUAAAUAAAUAAAAUCUUAAAAAGAUAAAGAAAUAAAAAAGAUUCUCUGCCUCUGCCCAACCACACCCCCCCACACAUUCUCUUUCAAAUAAGAAUUCUUUAAAAGGAGAUGAAAGUAAGAAAAACCUGAAAAAAAUAAACAAAAGCCUACAAAAUAAAAAUACAAAGAAUGCUACCUAGUGAUUUCCCUGAGCUCUGCAGCUUUGCAGCCCUCUCUGAUCAGUGAACUUGAGAGGGGUGAGCUGUUCGUGAUGGCCUUCUAGGGGAGGGGCUCUUGCCCUGAUCCUCAGGGGGACUUCCCCUGGUGCAACUGCAGCUGGCCCAAGCAGCAGAGACGGGCCCUGGGUUCCAGCAAGUGCCGCUGUUUUACUCCCUGAAGGCUUGCAGCACCAAUGGCUGAGGUGACUGUCACCGCACCCUGCUCCCUACCGUGGAGCUGAAAAUUCACACCCAGCUCUUCAGUGAGCCCGCACAGAAAAAAACGUUCCACCGGUCUUAUCUCCUCGGAUUCUGUCAGAACUCUGCGUUCACCCUGCCAGGGACGAGGCAUUUUUAUCGUAGGCGCGUGACUGAGUUCCAAUUCCAAUUGUUUUGUUUUGUUUUAUUUUUAAAGAUUUUAUUUAUUUGAGUGAGGGAGUGCAUGAGAGCGGAGAAGGUCAGAUGGAGAAGCAGACUCCCCAUGGAGCUGAAGCCCUAUGUGGGAUUCGAUCCCAGGAAUCCGGGAUCAUGACCUGAGCUGAAGGCAGUUGCUUAACCAGCAGAGCCACCCAGGAGGUGGGAACCACCCACUCCAGGUUCUAUGGAUUCCAGUGACACAGACCAACACCAGACCUGCGAGGUGUCAGAGGUCUCACCAAGCUCCUGCUUCUUCUGGACCUCUCCCAGGAAAGUGAUCACCCAACUAUGCUGUGAUUCGGAGUACAGGGCUUUACAGAGUAGAAAGCCAGGACAUAGCUUCAUGGUUUUCAGCCAUUUUCCCUAACUGAUGUCUGGGAACUCUGAAGCAUUCGGGCCCCACCUGGUCUUCUGGGGACCACCGGGAUCCUGAGAUCAUGCUGUCACCCCUGGGAUAUCACCCCACUUCACCCCUUGAACACUUUUAAGCCAGGAUUGUCCCAGACAGGGGUAGACACCUAAGUGUUUCAAUCAUGCACCUGGCUGUCGAUGGAAACUUUGCAGUAGGCUCCUUCAGCUAUUAUCCAACCUAUGCCUGUGGACAUCUGAUAGAAAGACAUGCUGGAAUCAUCCGUAUUUUGCAGAGAAGGGACCAUCCCUGUCAGGCACAACGGCUUAUCUAAGGUCCAAACCAGAAGUUGGCUGAAACCACCCCCGCGAUGCCUCAGGAUGUUUCGAGGGAGACGCCAUAAGAACGCUCCAGAGGACAUGGUGCAGGAGCUGAAUGUCGACAUCCGCUGCUCUCCUUCCCCGAAGAACAAGAAGCCACACAGGGCCAACAGAGUCUGGCGCUGGCUCAGGGGGGAAAAUGGCUCAACGAGGAAGAGGAAUAAGACCUUGAUAGUAUGGAACACUCGUGCCAGUUCAUUGGGGGCCGGAAUAGAUUACCUGGUGACUGCCGUCCUAAAACAAGAUCUAAACUAUGUUCACACGUUUCUGGAAAUAUACCGCAGCUUUGCUACCACCCAGGAGGUGCUGGGCCUCCUCUUUGCAAGAUUCGGAUGUGUUUACUCCACGUAUGACGAGGUCGGCGGACCCCAGGACCAGCGCAACAUGGCCGUCUAUGCCAUCCUGGAUAUGUGGGUGGAAAGCUACAUCACCGGCCCCAGAGCCAGAUCAGGAUGUGUCUCGGGAAGUUGUUCCAGCAGCCACUCUGGCACCCGCUGCACCUCUGGAGCCUGAGCUGGCCCCCGCCAUCCCUGCUGCGGCAGCUCACUAUGGAUUGGGAAGACCAGUGACCCCCCCUGACCCGUUGGGGCCAGGGCAGAUGGUCGUCAGGGCCCUCGUUCACUUCUCUGUCACGGAAGAGCCACCUGACCUUUUGACUUUCCUGGAUGACCAGCAGGGUCCUGCCCACGAGAUGCCGCCCCCUGCCUCCGUGGAGCAAGCAGGCUCCGCUCCUGAGCAGCACCUCGUGCUUGCUACAACCAGAAAGCAUGUCUUUCCCAUCGCCCUCGUUGCUUUAUUUGUAUUUCUUCUGUUUUGUGUAUAUGUAUAUAAUUACAUACUAGAUUUAAUUAAAUAAAGUAGAAUUUGAGUUUACAUAA